AUGACACUGACACUUUUUGUGUGUGUGACUGAAAAAGAAAAAAUUAAAAAGUGAAAAUACUUGUAAAUGAAAGUUAUUUUUAUAGGAAAAUUGUGAACGGACGAAAAUAGUUUAUUGAAUUUAUUGUUUUUGAGAGUUUGUUUUUGUGAUGAUUUUGCUGAAUUUCUCGUCAUUUGAACUACCAUAGACAGUCUCCUCAUUGAUUUGCUUAAAUUGCUGUCCCCGAGAUGGAGUUUCACAACGAAAACGGAGCCCUGGGGCUUACCACUAAUCAAACAGAAAAAGUACUUCAGUUCCAGGAUCUUACAGGUAUUGAAGAUAUGACCAUCUGCCGAGACGUCCUCCAAAGACACCAAUGGAAUCUGGAGGUGGCAGUACAAGAGCAACUGAACCUUCGCGAAGGCCGACCUUCAUUGUACGCAUCAGAAUCCCGACCUCCUGCAGUAGUUACCGAUCUCAUGGGGCAAUUAGUCUAUUAUACACCACCAACAGAUGGCUCUGGAUCAGGCUUUAAGAAAUAUUUUAGGGCGCUAUGGGGGUUUAUGUGGAAUAUUUGUUACGGUACCAUCAUAACUUUGUUGCAAAUAACUAGGAGAUUGUUAGGUUUGGAAUAUAGGCCUCAAACUGACGCUUUGCAAGAAGUUUUAGAGUUUAUGCAAUUUUACGAGGAGAAAUUCGGAUGUGAACAUCCAGUCUUUUACCAGGGUACAUUUUCACAGAUCCUAAGUGAUGCCAAAAGAGAACUCCGAUUCCUGGCGGUGUACUUACACGACCCAGAAUCCAGCGAUUCAGAUGAAUUUUGCCGGCAAACUUUGAAUCAUCCAGAAAUCAUCAGAUUCAUCAAUCAGAAUACUUUGUUUUGGGCUUGCUCGAUUAAAUCAGAGGAAGGCAGACGUACAAUGAACGAGCUCAGAUGUGGAAACUUUCCAUUUUUUGGAAUGUUGGUGUUGAGAGAAAACAGAAUGACUACAGUUGGUAGACUGGAAGGCUUUUCAGAUCCCGGUUUGUUACUACAAAGGAUGCGCACCAUCGUCAAUCAAUUCGAAAUGAGUUUGGUGCAAGCCAGGGCAGACAGGUUCGAACAAAGCAUAAACAGGUCGAUUCGUCAACAUCAAGAUGAAGCCUUUUUGGAGAGUCUUCGAGCUGACCAAUUGAAAGAACAGCUCAAAGAGGAACGCAGACUGGCGGAAGAACAAGAGAGAAGACAAAUUGAACAAGAAGCAAGGCAAGAGGAAAUUAGAAAACUGGAGCUGCAAAGAGAAAAAAUUGAAUCGGUAGACAAAGUGCCAUCAGAACCGGACACGUCGGAUCCGGACGCCGUGCACGUCGUUUUCAAAUUGCCAUCCGGUCAACGUUUGGAGCGCAGAUUCCUGAAAUCACAUUCUCUAGAGCAUGUUUUCUAUUUCGUCUUCUGCCAUCCCCAUUCCCCAGAUUCUUUUGAAAUUACUACGAAUUUCCCAAAACGAGUGCUGAACUGUCGUCCGAGACACACUAGAGAAAAAGUGCAAACGCUAGAACAAGCCGGACUGAAAAACCGCGAAGUACUUUUUAUUAAUGAUUUGGACGCGUAAAAUUUUGACACAUUCCCGCUCUUGAGUACCAAAGGGCGGUCUUUAUAUUCCUUUGUAUAAAUGUGAUAAGCUAAAGGGCACUUUUAUCCUGUCAUUCAUUGAAAACUUUUCUAACAAAUGAAUAAGGCGAUUAAGAAUUAUUUUGAAUCGUUUUUGUAUGUUUAUAUUAUUUUUUAUUUUCAGUUUUUUUGGUUUCAUUGGGUAGCAAAUUUUAAAUAAAUCACAUUAAUAAUUAAUGUUAAUUUAUUCAUAUUGGAAAAUUUACUGAAUUCAGUGAGCCAAAAAAAUACUUGCAUAUUUCUUUUUUUUGUUUUUUUUUUAAGUAUUUUGUGAUUUGAUUUAUCAGGGGUGUUAAUCAGUCGCUUGUUAACUAACAUUAAUUAGCAGAAACUUAAUUUGUGAUUAGUUUGAAAGUAACGCACUAUAACUAGUAUUAGGAUCAUUUUUUAGCCCUUACAUGGAAAAAAAAAAACAAAAAGGGUUAAUCUAUUUUGUUUUGAUUUUUUUUUUAUUUUUAUUUUUUAUUUCUUUUAGAUUUUGUUUUGCUCAAUUUUUCUUUUAUAGAUUGAAUGGAAACCUGAAGGUAAUUUUGCCCAAAAGUUUAGGUUAAAUUGCAUUUUUAUUAAAAUUUUUAUUAUUCACACAAGAUUCUUGUGCGUUCUUUUUUUGGUACAUUCGUCUUUAUAAUUAUUUAGUGGUAGAAAAAGCAUUUAUUUAGUUUAUUAUAUUUUUCAUUGUUAUUUUCUUUUGGCUCUAUUCAUUGUAAGAGUCAUUUUUUAGGCCAAAUAAGUAUUUUUUUAUAAUAAAAAAAUGAUGUUCAUUUGUAUAAAUAAAUUAAUAAAACAUUUGUUGGUCUAA